CACACACACAAACGGCAGAGACGCGACUGCGCUCUUGCGCGCACACGCACACACGCGCGCACACACACUUAUACACGAGCACGCUUCUUGCGGUCGUGUGAAACGCGCGCGUGUGUGUGUGCGCGCGUGUGCGUGAGUGUGUUUCUUCUUUACGCCAAGAUUUUGUAGUGAAGCAGCGGCAGCGGCAGAAGCAGAAGCAGCACGUCGCUCUCGCACCGUCCGCUCUCACACCGUUCACUGCCUCGCCCCCGCUCCUGCGUCUCUCGUGCGGCGGAGCUGAAGGCGCGAGGUGACGGUAGAAUGGGCAAACCGCUCCGGCUUCCACUGUAACUCUGGAAAUGGAGCCCACAUUCCCGCGGGGAGACAAAGAUGAGGUCCAUGUGGAGGAGCCGGUCCGUAUGCGUGCCGUGAGGAUGCGUGGUGAGGGGCUACUGUGGGACGACCCUCUGCACUUCUCGUGGCUGAUGGAGGCCGAGUCUUUCACAUCGUCAGUGCAGGCAGGUGGCCCCGUGCCCGGCACAGCCAUGACACUCGAGCAGAAGACCACCUUCGCCUUUGUCAUCUUCCUCUUCGUCUUUCUCUGUAUGCUGAUCGUGCGCUGCUUUCGUAUCCUCCUGGACCCCUACCGCAGCAUGCCCACCUCCACCUGGGCAGAUGGCCUCGACGGCCUUGAGAAGGGCCAGUUUGAUUACACGCUAGCAUAGGGGAGACACACACACACACUUAAAUUAGAUACACUUACUUAAAUGAACCACAAACAACCUUAAAGUGAAUACAGGCAAACAUCAUUUGAUGUAUAUUACACAUGUAGCUAAAAAUACUAUAUACACACACUUCAGUAAAGAAAUUUAUGUGACACGAUAUGAAGUUAAAGAAUUUAGAUGCAUGGUUAGUAAAACGUCAAGCUUGAUCAAAUUAGAAAAAAAAAACGUUGCAUCACACACACAUAUGUGCACACACAGGGUGUUUUGUGAAAGGAGCAGUCAGGGAUUGUGGGUGCUGCCAGUGAGCAGUUGUGGACCAGCGUGUGCCCCUCUGUGCCAGUCUGUGCCUCUGUAAGCCUGGUGACACUCAUACAGGGUAACCCAAGCGCUGCUCCUUCAGCUUCCGGCAAACACCCAGCACCGGUUUCCUCCUCUCACCGACACGACACCAUGGAUAUCUGCACUGUUGUAUACUGCCAAGUAAACAUCUUUAGAUGAUAUGUCCUUUUGAAGACCCUUUAUAAGCACUUCAGAAAUACUACAUAGGUUAUUGCUCUUGACUAUUAAAGUGAGCCUUAAGGUAUGCACUGUUAUCAUCGAUGCAGCUUGUCCGAAUUAGCUGUUAGGAUGUGUUUGUGCAGUGCUUAUGGCUUCUUCAAGGGCCACUUUAUUCAAAUUAUGCCACUUUUUCUAACACGGGCAAGUCAUUGGAAAAUAUUCGAUCUAGACGCUCUAGAUGGCAUGUGUGGGUUUGUUUGUUGUGGCCCCCAUUAGAACGUUACAGACAAUUGGAGUCCUGUACGGAUCUAAAAAAAACAUAAUUUAAAAAGUGAUCGAACAGUCAGCAUAUACUGCCUCAUUAGCACAAGAUCUUGGAUUUAGAUCGGUUCCAUUUUAAUAACCGAUCCGCCAUGAUUAACUUCGUCAGCCUUUCCAUUCGAAGCCGUAGCCGCUGGAGCCAUAAUCGCUAAUUUGCCUUGAGAAAGAUUCAUCGCUAAAAGCAAAUGAUGAGGAAAAAGGCCACUUUUUAGAAAUGCCUCCUUAGUCAUUCAUGUGGUGAUAAAAAAAAAUGUCUUGUCACUUUUGUCACACAGAAUCUGGCUGAAUUGCACUGGAGUCGUUCUCCUUUUUUAGAGCCUUUAGCCUCUUCAUCCAUCAGGCUGCCAAAUGAUGUUCCUUUGCACUUUUAUGUUUCAUGUCUCACCACUGUGACUGAUCCAAUGAGAAUUUAAGAGCACUUAAGAAGUGAGUUGAACUGAACUGCCAGUGACUUUGAUUGUGACUGCCACUGUUUUGCAUGCACAAAGCCUCAUAGGAUCGCGUAAGAGAAGCUCGAGAGCACGGAGUAGUGCAACUGGGACUCGACCGAUGUUUCCAAUGCAAACGAUACUCUCCGUUAAGAUGAGUUCACUGUGAGGAUCGUAACGACUUCUCUGUGAAUAACCUUGUGUCUGAGCAAUCACUAUGUUCUAAUAAGUUAGUAAGUAAGUAAGUAAGUAAAGAAAUAGACUCUAGGAAACCAAUUUGAAAAUCCCUCAAAACUGUGAGGAUAUUUAGACCUAAAUACUGUUAGAGUAAGAAUUAAAUAAAAGAGAGGUUAUAGACGUUCACUAGCGUAUUACUGAUGAAGCUGAAUAGUGUGGAUUCAGACACAUGGUACAUAAAACCACACCUGUAUUUGUCUUAUUGAGAGCUGAAAAUAAACUCUUAAAAUAAAUUAUAAAAAUC